AUGACCAACAUCUGGAAGUCCACUAUGAACCCAGUUUUGAAAAAACGAUUCUUUGUUGCCACAGUCGAGUCAAUCUUGCUGUAUGGAUGUGAAAGCUGGUCCAUGACGGAGUCUAUGGUGAAAUCACUCAGUGGUGCCUAUACCCGUAUGCUGAGGAAAGCCCUGAAUGUGCACUGGAGCUCCCGCACUACUAAUGAUGAAGUGUACGGAGAGUUACCAAGGCUGGAUGUGAAGAUUGCUGAGCGCAGACUACGUCUGGCAGGACACUGCUACCGCCACCCUGAACUAAGCACCCAAAAAUUGAUCCUGUGGGAACCAACUCACGGAACGCGGUCCAGAGGAAGACCUCAAUCGAAUUAUGUAGACACCCUCAAGCGCGACACAGGGGCAAUCAGCUCACACGAGCUGGCUACGUUGAUGGAAGACAGGGUCGUUUGGAGUGCCAUUGUCAAAUCUCGGAGUCAUCCUCCUAACUAA